CCCUUCUUUACAUCUCUCUGAGACUCCCUCUCUAUAUAUACACUAUAUAACAUAACUUCUCUCUCUGCACUGCAAGAGCAGAAAGAUGAAAAUGGCAUUUGGUGAUUCACGAUUGGAGUUAGUUUAUGUUCUUGUUUUGUUGCUGGAGUUGUUCAUCAGCCAAGCCUAUGGUGCUAUUUCUGAGGGAAAUAUGAGAACCAUAGAGGGAAUUAACAAGGAGGGUCCGUACUUGGGUGUUGUAGUGCCAAAUGCCUUUGAGAUGAAUCCUCUUUUACAGUCUCCCAGCUUUCAGCCUCAUCAACGCUUGCCUUACUUUGAUUUUUCCGGAAGAAGGUUUCGAAUUGGACGAUUGAACAAUGAGAAGGUUAUUAUUGUCAUGACAGGACUGAGCAUGCUUAAUGCAGGCGUAGCCACAGAGUUGUUGCUAAGUCUUUUUAAGGUGAAAGGAGUUCUGCACUAUGGAAUUUCUGGAAAUGCAAACUCGAAACUUCAAAUUGGAGAUGUUACCAUUCCUCGGCAUUGGGCUCACGUUGGCCUUUGGUAUUGGCAGAGGUACGGAAGUGGACCUGAUGAUGAGCUAGCAUUGGAAUCCGACGGAGACUACACCAGAAGCAUCGGCUAUCUUAAGUUUUCAGAUUAUAACCUCAGCAUAAAGAAAGCUAACUCCUCAUCAGAUAACCUUCUGAACAAUGUCUGGUAUCAGCCUGAAGAAAUUUUCCCAGUUCAUGGAACCCCUGAAGAAAGGCAACAUCUAUUCUGGGUUCCUGUUGACAGCCAUUACUUUGCACUAGCAAAAAGACUAAAGAGUCUGCAGUUGGGUCGCUGUGUGAAUGAAACUUGCUUGCCAAGACCUCCAAAGGUGGCGAGGGUUACAAGGGGGAUUAGUUCUAACUGUUUCGUGGACAAUAGUGCUUAUCGAGAAUUCUUACACUCAAAAUUCAAUGCAACUCCGAUUGACAUGGAAACUGCUGCCGUAGCUCUCGUCUGUCACCAGCAAAACGUUCCCUUUAUUGCAUUUAGAUCUCUGUCAGAUUUAGCCGGUGGAGGUUCUGCUGUGUCAAAUGAAGCUGCCAUCUAUAGCUCUUUAGCAGCUCAAAAUGCUGUUACCGCUUUACUUAAAUUCAUUACGUUAUUGUCUUCGUAAACACGCAUUAAGCAAAACACUUUUAUUAUCAUGAUUAUUUGUAAGAU